AUGUACGGCAUGCUUGGGAGAAUCAACCAACUGGUUAUUGUCUCCUAUAAAAUUAUCUAUUUCUUUCUUGGGAUCUUUGGAAAUGCUUGCCUCAUUUAUAUGAUUGCAAAGAAAAAACAACUUCAAACGAAGUCGUCGAUUCUUCAAGCGGUUCAAAGUUUCUGUCAUAUAAUUUGUCUUGCUGGGACUCAAGUUGACACAAUCCUCACAAUUCUUGAUAUAAAACUUCCACGUAAUCAAUGUUAUCCCAAAGUAUCAAUUUAUACUUUCUUCGAAACAGCCCAAUCCAUAAUAAUGUUUCUUCUAGUUUUGGAUAUAUUGAUAAUUGUCAAGUUCCCCAGAUUUUAUCAUACGUUCUCUACCACAAAAUAUAUCCUACUUGCUAUGAUUCCUGCAGUGAUAUUUGGAUUAGUUUUCUUCAUUUGGGGAUUCUUGGACACUGAUAAUGAAAUUGUUAUUUUCUGCAACCCACCACUAGGUCUUAACAUUGUUGCCAGCACAUGGUUUUUCCGGUAUAUCUUAUUUUUCAAUAUAUUGACCCUUGUUGUUUUUCUCGUUCUGAUUAGAAUAUUUUACACGAAAGGCAGAGCACAACGUGGCGACUCGUGGAAAGUGAUGAAACGCCUACAGUUGUCCGUUGUGAUCUUUGUAUGCUCUUGGUUUAUUGCUCAGUCUGCGAAUUCUGUCUUCAUUGCGAUUGGAAUCACGGGAGAGACAUUCAACUUUUUAGUCGCCAAUGUGUCCUUCUUCGUUCUGCUCUCCUUCAGUCAAACCUUCUAUGUUGUCAUCUGGAAAUCCAAAGAGUACCGUCAACACUUCCUAGCUCUCUGGUGUAGAAGAUCAUCUGGAUCUCGAGACAACACGGGGGCUGGUUCAUCCUUCAAAACUGCCCCAGUUGCAAUGAUCUCGAGAACUUUCUGA